CGGGGUCGGGGCCAGGGCGGGCUCCGUCUCCGGCCGCCGCCGCCCACACAGGGCAACUUUCCCAGCCAUGUCCCCCAACUACAUCCGGAGCUUCUCGGAGGGAUGUCUCAGGCCGCCAACAGUAAUUGGACAAUUCCACACUCUUUUUUUUGGCUCAAUUCGAAUGUUUUUCCUUGGUGUUUUGGGCUUUGCUGUUUAUGGAAAUGAGGCCUUGCAUUUCAGCUGUGACCCAGACAAGAGAGAGGUUAACCUUUUCUGUUACAACCAGUUCAGACCUAUAACUCCUCAGGUAUUCUGGGCACUACAGCUGGUGAUUGUACUGGUACCUGGUGCCUUUUUUCACCUUUACGCUGCUUGUAAGAGCAUCAAACAGGAAGAUAUUCUCCAAAAGUCAUCCUACACUGGUUUUUAUAUCUUCUCUGUUUUCUUAAGGAUUGUCCUUGAAGUCGUGGCUUUUUGGCUUCAGAUUCAGCUCUUUGGUUUCAAAGUGAAUGCAAUCUACAUGUGUGAUGUGGGAGCACUUGAAAAAAAGUUUAACAUUACCCGGUGCAUGGUGCCAGAGCACUUUGAAAAGACAAUCUUUCUUAUUGCAAUGUACACAUUUACUGUGAUCACAGUGAUCUUGUGUGUGGCUGAAAUUUUUGAGAUCUCAUGUAGAAGGCUAGGUUUCUUAAAAACUCAGUGACGUCAACCACUCGCACUCAUUUACUGCUCUGUCCACCUGCAGUUUUGUAACAGUGAUUUCAAACUACAGCAAAAACCAUCUCUUGUCCUCUAUGCAGUGCUGCAGAAGAGAACCACACUCAUUAUUACUGAGGCAGAAUAGUCACUUGACUUAAACACCUCAUCUAAAAACUUGCACACUAUGAGAAUAGUCUUUGUUUCCAUGUCAAGGUCAAAGGCACUAAGAUCUACAAGUGCAAUAUAUUUUCAUGACCUGCAGUUUAUGAUAGCUCUGCCUCCAGAGGCAUGUCUGUGUGUGAGGAGAAGGUUAUUUAUAAACAUAUUUCUAUUCACAGCUUUUCUGAACACAUGCCAUCAGAGAUAAUAAGGUUCUUGGAAAAAUAAUUGCAAAUUUCUUACAUGUCCUUAUGCUUUGAGAAUUGAACAAUUAUAGUGGAUACUCUCUGGGUACCAGAAAGCAUUUGAGCUUCUUCCCAGGAAGUGCCACUGAGAUGCCACUGAGUGCAACCUGCAUCUCAGCCUCCAGGGGCCGAGACCCCUGGUUAAACUGUGGUGACAACAUAUCCAUGGAUACCAACUUUGCAGAGGCUCAGCUACUGUCACCUGCUGGCUCAGAAUCUCCUUUUAAAAGUGAAAGAGCAGUAUGGUAUUCUUUGUGCUGACUGCAACGCCUCAUUAUGUUUUGGCUUACCGUGUAGAAGAUUUUCACCAAUUUAGUAUGAUCAUAUUUUGAAGGAGGAAAAGGGCUUUCUAACAAUUUUGCAUAAGCGGCUUAAAAGUGUCCAAACAAAAUCUUGGAGAAGAGCCUUUCCUAGGCCCAAUCAAGAUUUGAUUUCAAUGUGUUUUGCUUGUGUGUGACUGCAGAAUUGGGCCCACAGAAUUUUCUGCUGUUUAUAUCACAUCUAAUUUUUUCUUUCUCUGACCAAAGCUGCUAGAAUAACAGUGAAAAAAGAACUCUGCAUAUUAAAAUUAUUCUAUGCAGUAAGUGUAUUUGGUUAGGUCUCAAACUUUAUAUAGGCAUCAGAUCUUUUUGUGUGCAACCAGCUUCUUCUUAAAGGCUAAUAAACAUAUUAAGUUUAGAGGUGAUUUCCUUGUGCUGAAGUGAGAUAAAGGAAAUAAAACAGAUUUCAGAAUCAGAAAGACAGGAGGAGGUGGUUUCCUGUAUAAAAAAUUUACAAAUAGCAAUAAUAACAAUCAGCCAUUUUCCAUUUGUUUUUCAAACAUAAAAAGCUGAGAUCCUGAUAACAUAAUUUGGGUCAUUUCAGAAAUAUUUAGAAAAUUCUGGAAAAAUCCUUAACAAACAUUUUAUCAUCAAAUGUUAGUUAAUAAGUUCAAAACAUAGUUAAAUUGUCAUAGCCUUGUAAUUCUCACCCACAAAAGUUAACCUGCUAAAUAAGUGGAAUAGCAAGUUUUAGAUGUCUUGGAUUUGAUUGAAUCUGGGCUGUUUAAAACAAAGUGGGCUACAACUAGAUGUGUGAUUUUUUUUAAUAUGCUGAUCAAGAAAAAGACAGUAUAUUUCAAUCCAUUCACUACAUUAAAGCAUUAAUAUUAUUUUUUACCUAUGGAAGUAAGUUGUCUUAAAUAAAGUCAAAGCUAUUAGAUUUAUGCAAUAUUCAACUAGUUAUUUGAUAUUUGCAAGCAUUGCAAGUGAAAUAAAAAUCACUGUGCUAACUUCUUGUUUGCAUAAUAUGCCAUGUUCUUUGGUUGAUACAUGUUUAAUUUUUCACGGUAUAUGUCAAUAUCCAUCUGGAAUUAUUCUUUCCAAUUGAAACUUGUAAUCUCAGGUUAAAAAAAAAACUUAUUAAAACAUACAAUAUAUAGAACUACUAAGAAAAAGAAUUUACUUUUAUGUGUGAGGUACAGUUGUUACCAAUGGUACACAAAUCCUACUUUAUCAGUUAUUUGUAUAAUAAUA